AUGGACUGGGAAUACCAGAGUCAUGGCCCCAUGGAUCCCUCGAGCCCGUUUGCGCAGUCGACGAAGCACACCCCCAAGAAAAGUAAUCAGAACUCCUGCACCGACUUGCUCCCCGGCCGUGGCACGAUGGAGGAGCGUCGCGAGAAGCCCGGCGCUAAUACCACCAAUUGUGUAGGUGUCUUUAGCUCAGCCAGCAUGAACGAUAACGACGGCGGCUCCAAAUCCCACUCCAGCGCGAGCAAUGGCAAUAAUGAUAACAACGCCAUCAGUGCCUUUGGCCGCAAUCCCUUCUAUCGUGCCCAGAGCACGCCCUCUCAGUCGAAGCCUUCGCAAAGCCCGCUGCGAUCUAUCUUCUCUACUUCUGCCCUAUCCCGAACCGCCGCGGCGCCCCCUUUCCGAAAUCCCGCCUUCACCACCCCACGUAGGCCCUUCGACAUCGAUGCGCUCUCCGAAGACAGCCCGACCAUCACCGACGUGUCUGACUUUAUCGACACACCCGAGAACGACCGAUCGUACGACAUGGGGCGGAUGACAGUAACGCCCGCCACCAUGAACCGGGAGAGGGUGUCCCCCACCAAGAAGACGCCAGGCAAAGGCGAGAUACCCAAGACGAUCUUUGCAUCGCGGGACAAGGUGCGCAAGAGGAAACGAUAUAACGGCGACAGGGACAUCAGCGGCUACCGCCUGCCGUACAUCCAGCCGGACGAGUACGACGAGUCUGAUUAUGAGUCGGAUGAGAGCACCUUCCAGCCUCGGAAACCCCGCAAGGGCCAGGAGAAGCGUGGGAACGGCUGGUUCGGAAAUUUCCUCGCCACGGUGCAGCGCCACCCCUACGCCCCUAGCAUCUUAGGCUACUGGCUUACCCUCGGGUUCAAUCUCUUCUGCGUAUUGGCGUCGUGCUGGAUCGGCUGGGCUGUCAUUGCCGGCCUGCGGCAGGAUUUCGCUACGGCCAGGGCGGCGCUACGGGCUGACAUUCUCUCGGAGAUCGACAAGUGCGCGUCCGACUACCGCGAGAACAAGUGCUUCCCGGUGGAGCAGCGGCUGCCGGCGAUGUACGAGCUGUGCGACCGGUGGUACGCCUGCAUGCAACAAAACCCAGACCACCUCAAGCAGAUGUCCAUCGGCGCCAAGGAAAUUAUGGAGAUCGUCAACGGUAUCGUUGACACGAUGUCCUACAAGACCAUCGCUCUCUUUGUUCUGCUCUUUACGAUUUUCAUAUUCAGCGGGCGGUCGCUGUACAAGAGCACGAACGCGUUCGCCGAGUUCCCGCGUUCGCCCCCCGCAGCGCCAUAUCCGUCGCACGCAGUGGCGGCGGCGCCGCCGCUCCCGCAGCAGGUUUACUGGCAGGCGAUUGCGCCGCAGACGCCGCACCGCUCGCGAUCGCGGCACAUGAUCAACCACGAGGAGGACACGCCGGAAACGCCGGAGACAACCGGGUCGCCGCGCGGAUUCCCGUCGCUGCCGCCACCCGAGACGCCGGUGUCGCUCCGACGGAGCCCCUCGAAGGGUAGGGACCGCGCCAGGAGCCCGUCAAAGAACAACCGGAGUCCUACGAAGCGUUACUAGGCUAAAUCCGGCUCGGGCUAGUUGGGCAUCGAAGGGUAGGCGGCAUCUGCCUGUGUAAGAAGAGGGCAGCCGUGUAGCGAGCAAGCCAAGCAAUACCCCCUUCCGCUUCGUACCUGGAGGGGUCGAAGUCGGAGUAGGAUGGGUAUAUAGGAAAGGCACUUGCACGCUGCGCACGCCAAUAUGGCUCGUUUAGGAGCAAGGGGUUUCGGGCACACCUGGAUAGCAUUGCGAGGACUAGGGUAGAGCAGGCUAAAUAGACGAAAAAAUACAAGGGGGAUAGGAUAAGGGGGACUCAACUAUCUCUACCCAUCGUGCCCCUCCCUCACUGAUCUCGUCGGCUUAUCCUUAGCGUACCCCCUCGAGUCUUCCUAAUCGCGCCCACGUUUUUUUUUUUUUUUUCGCCACGUCGAAACUAGACAUUGCACUCGCCGCAGGGAUACGAAGCGACUAAGCGCGAUUGGGGUCGCGGCGAUCACGCU